GUUGGGCAAUUAAUUGACAUUUAGUAAUGAUUCUAAUUUUAACACAUUUUCACAGUUUGUCUGUUUUUGAUCAGGAAAGUAAAGAUUUUUUCUAUUCAUUAAUAAAACCAUUCACCUUUCCAUGGCUGAUUAGAAAAAAAAAAAGCAAGAAAUUAGCAGCCACCUUAUAGUCAAAGUGCAGUUUCUGUCACAUUUGUCUUGUUUUCCUUUCCCCAAGAUACGGAAAGCUUCAGCAGGUCCAGAGAACAAAUUGCUGAUGACCACCUCACCGGCGUCAUGGAGGGAGCUCUUUGGCGACUAAUUGACGGCUGGUGAGAAACUGAAAUAGUUAAGCUAAUCUUGUCUUUAAGAAUUUCACAGGUGGAUGCAAAUAAGCGUAGAAAUAUGCAUCUGAAUUUUGGUGGCAAUCACAAAUUUCAGACACAAGGUGACAACAGAAUGUGACAAACCAAGCCAGGAUUAUCAGGAAAAAAAAGUCAACUAAAUGGCUACUGCUCUGCCCUUGUCCCAUUUACUGUCUUGUUUAUUCCUGUAGGAAAGCACUCGAGCAAAGUGGGGCGCAAAGCUCCCCCCCCCCCCCUCCUCCGAUGACCUCCAUUUGCCUUGGCAAUGUUGGACCUGCUCGAGCUUUUUAGGCAGCAAACGCAUGCCACGUUAGACAGAGUACAUCCACUUCUGUUACACCCUGCCUGCCCCAGUUUUGGCAGUUUUCAUUGGUGUCACGGGGAGGGCGGAGUGGGAGGAUAGAGGUCACAUGGCAUGUAAUGCUCAUCAGAUAUGCAUUCAUACCUGCAUUGCCAGUAACACCCAUUAAAAUUGGGUUGGAUAAUAUUUGGUGUCGUCAAACAAAAAAUGGUUUCACACUUGGACCGAGCGUAACCGUCCCGCCAAGAGUCCUCACGAGAAAAUUUGGCCCACAGAUAUCAAAGGAUAAGUAUACACACACACACAAUCGUCAUUUUGAACGAUUGUCAUCAGAUCUCAUAACUGCUACGCUUGGCUCAUCCUUUAAUCCACUUUUAACAGCUGCACUUUUUAGCUCUUCAACUUCAAGCCCCUUGUCUGUAUGUGUUGGUGUCUUUUUAGCUUUGUGGGCACCAUCCUUUCCAUCCCAUAAUACGUUUUUGGGAUAUUUAGUUUGCUUGGUGCGUGUGUGUGUGUGUUUGCGCGCAUGGGUUCCCAAGUUAACGCUCUGCCUCGCUCGCUUUACUUCGUUAAUCCUGCUGCUCUAUGGAUCAGAACAUCCACGGGGAUUUGCCUGCCAUUAAGCGAUGGCUUUUUGCUCCGUGCGUGUGUGUGUGUUUGUGUGUGUGCAGACACACAUUCCAGGAGUAGGAGGCUCAAGUGUUUUACUGGAAAACGGACAUUGAGCAAGCUGAAGGCACACAUGGGAUGCACAGCACGGAUGCAAGGACGAGUGCUUGGAUGGCGACAUUUUAUUAUUUUUGUUCUCAUUCCGCACAUGGAUGCGACCAUCACGAAAGAUCUACAGAGCUGCGUUAAUCCCGGCAUCUCCCAGAUGACAGUCGACAGUAAUGACGUUCAUCGCUUUCACUGUCUCUGUGCUGUGCCUGCUGCCGCCGCCGGCGCUGGCCCGCUGGGCAUGCGCUCGAGCUUGUCCGCAGUACUGUACCUGCACGCAGGAGAAGAGCUGCAGCGUGCUGUGUGACCGCUCCAGCCUGGCUGAGCUGCCCAGAGAGUUUCCCUGCGAAGCCUCGGCCAUCAACCUGGACAAGAACAGACUCAAGUUCCUGUCAGAACGGGCCUUUGGUACCUUACCAUCGCUCAAGUCUCUCUCGCUGGACCAUAACAACAUCUCCUUCAUCACACCUGGAGCCUUCAAGGGCCUCUCCAACUUGGUGGAAUUGAAAAUGGCGCACAACGAUUACAUCAGCUACCUUCACACCCGGACCUUCACAGGCCUCAAGAAGCUGGUGCGCCUCGACCUGUCCGACUGCAACCUUUUCAACAUCCCGGACCGGAUCUUCAUCGAGCAGACGGCGCUCAAAGAGCUGCUCUGCUUCCAGAACAAAUUCCGCAGGAUCCCCGGCGCCAUCCGGGGUAUGGAAAACUUGACCCACAUCUACCUGGAGAAGAGCAAGAUUGAGGCGGUGGCUUACAACUCACUGCUGGGCCUUGGCAGCCUUAAGUACCUGAACCUCCAAGAGAACCGCAUCAAUGUCAUCCACGACGGGGCCUUCCAAGACCUCGUGCGACUGGAAAACUUCUACCUCAACGACAACCUGUUGUCUGACCUACCGCGACUUGCCUUUAAGGGCCUCAGUCGCCUCAAGAUGCUCAACCUCGGUGGGAACCGGCUGACCAACAUCUCUAAGACAUGGUUCAGUGACCUGUUGGAGCUGGAGAUCUUGUAUCUGGACAGAAACCAGUUGGUGUACAUUGAGGAAGGAACCUUUGAGAACCUAACCAGCCUAAUCACCCUCCACCUGAACAGCAACAACCUCACCACUCUCCCCUUCCCGGUGUUCCAGCCGAUCUUCUUCCUGGGUCGUCUCUACCUCUUUAAGAACCCCUGGGAGUGUGACUGCUCCUUGGAAUGGCUGAAGGAGUGGAUGGAGAACUAUAAUCUGGUGCGAGACAUCCCGUGCUCGUCACCGACGUCGGUAGCAGGACUCGAUCUGGGCGAGGUGGUCUUUGCCAAAUUUAACGGUACAUGCAUUGACCCCGCCGAACUGAACCUGACCACGGUGUCCUCAGAGGUGGCCUCCACUACAGAGAACCGCUUCAACAGCCUAAUUUCCAGGCUGCUGCAACAGGAACACCGGGAAGAGGCGCUCAAUGGAACAGACGGCGCUCGCAACGGCACGCUGCCGGAAUCUGAGGACAGACUGCUCGCUGCAGGGGUCAGAGGGCAACAUAGUCAAACGCAGUUGCUGGCCGGCUCUUUCCUUGUGGCUUGGCUCGUCUUUGCCUUCUCCUGGAUAAACAGUGGCUUUUCUUGCACAUGAAUGAAUGGAAUAUUUUCUAACCGCAGAUGCACUGAUAUACAUGAUGGACAAUAUUCAAGAUGAACUCAUAAGAGAAGUGAUCUUAAAGAUAUGAGGUGUUGAUUUUAUUAAUAGGAUUAGGCGUUAGGGUUAGUUUUCUCCCACAUGAUUCACCAACAUAUGAAGGCUUUUCUAAUGGCAGACAUGCAGAUUGAGACGAUGACUUCAUGUAUCGCUACCAAUAUUGAUAGUUGAACUCAUUACAUACGAGAAGCAAGCGUUCCAGUCUGGUGUUGAAUCAAAUGUACACAUUUAGUUUGGUAUUUUAAUCAAGAUGACCAAUAUUCAUAGCACACGUGCUCUUUUUGUAUGUUUCAAAGUUAAAGGUUGAUGUAGUGAAACAGAUGUCCUGUUCUAGCAUUUUUUUUUUUCUCGCUGCAUAAAAGCAUUAAUCUUCUUAUCGCUUGUGAGUUGUUGACGUGCCUGUGCCUCCUAUGGAUGGACCCUCCCCCUUUCCCCAUGCAUGGUUGGGAUCCUACUACACACAACCCGGCAGUGUCAUUGACAUAUGUGUAUGAAUGAGGAUGUGGGGUAAUCGUGUGUAAAGAUUAAUGAACAUUCCUUUGAUGCUCUAUGAAUAAACUCAAAUAUGACCAUUGUG